GUAUGUGUGUGUACAGCUAUAAAAAUCCUUGUUUAAUGAUCACAAAUACUGAUUUUGCAAUGGACAAAUGUUGAGGAACUUUUAACUUGUAACGUUUUGCUUUUACACCACACCACACUACUUAUGAAAGCGUGAUGGGUCAUACUUUUUAUCCAUUUAUAGUUACUUUUGUGGAUCGUCUGCGUUAGAGCAGCUCAUCCGUAACCACUUGUUUCUUGACGUUAAUAAAAACGCAGUUUGUUACUGUAUAACACCAAGAAAUCCUCCAUCCUCAAGACAUUUCUGUAUCGUAAAACUUCACACGUAAAAGUUACAGCUUUACCUCUUCCUGUUACAAAGCACUGACACUGGAGACUCCUUCCAUAACUGCUAAACAGCUCCUGAGACAAAAAAUCUCAACAAUUACACACUAUUUGAAUCCUAAUGUAUUAAAUCAUGUAUUAGAUUGAGCGCAUUAAUAUGAACCUUGAAGAAAAAUCAAUCAACACCUUCCGACCAAUCAGCUGAGGUAUACGUAAAUCUUUAUUAGCAUUUAUCCUGUGAUGUGAGUUUUUAGGGUAAGGGCAAUGUGAUAAAGCAUUGACAGUGUGAAAGAUACACUGACCAUACAGUGUUUGGCUCUGAGAAUGUAGUGUUUGAAACCUAAAUCGAGAGUUCUGUGUUUGAACAGAACCUGCAUGUAGACAGGAUGUGGCAGAGUGUGUUUUCGCUCUGCAUGUACAUCACGGUCACCCAGGCGCAGUUCCCACGCGAAUGUGUGACACCCCAGGUCCUGCGUAGUGCCACCUGCUGUCCAUCUCCCACUGGCCUGGCCAACGAUGAAUGUGGAGUGAGGACCGGGCGUGGCCGGUGUAUGCCAGUCGUCGUUGAUUGGCGGCCACACGGCCCUCAGUACCCUCACGACGGACGGGACGAUCGGGAACGAUGGCCGCUGCGCUUCUUUAACAGGACCUGCCAGUGUAACACAAAAUUUAGUGGGUACAACUGUGGACGGUGCAGAUAUGGGUUUACUGGAGUAAACUGUGAUCAGAGAAUUAGUGUGGUGCGUCGUAACAUCAUGCAGAUGUCCCCAGAAGAGAAACGGGCUUUCGUGAACGCUCUGGAUCGAGCCAAGAGAACAGUCCAUCCUGAUCUGGUUAUCUGCACACGACGCUACCAGGAGCUCUUCGGCCUGGACGGAAACACGGUCCAGUGUGAAAACAUCACCGUCUACAACUUUUUCGUCUGGACUCAUUAUUAUUCUGUUGGGAAGACGUACAUGGGGCCGGGACAGCAGAGCUUCGGAGGUGUGGACUUCUCUCACGAAGGUCCGGGAUUCCUUACGUGGCACCGGUUCCACCUGCUGCAACUAGAGCGUGAUAUACAGGACAUGCUCGGGAACCCGACAUUCGCUCUGCCGUACUGGAACUUUGCGAUUGGAGGGAACGAGUGCGAUAUCUGCACAGACGAGCUGCUUGGAGCCAGGAGCAGCUUCGACAUGGACAGCAUUAGCUCUAACUCCGUGUUCUCUCAGUGGAGAGUGAUAUGCGAGGACGUGGAGGAGUAUGAGAUGCAAGGGACCAUCUGUAACAGUACAGAAGGAGGUCCAAUCAGACGGAAUCCUGGAGGGAACGUGGCUCGGCCGAUGGUACAGAAACUACCGGAAAAUCAAGAUGUCAUCGACUGCCUGGAGCUCAACAAUUUCGAUACUCCUCCGUACUACUCCACCUCGACCUGGAGCUUUAGGAAUACUAUUGAAGGUUACAGCACCCCCCAGGGGAAGUAUGACCCAGUGGUGCGCAGUCUACACAAUCUGGCUCAUCUAUUCCUGAAUGGUACAGGAGGUCAGACCCAUGUGUCCCCCAACGACCCCAUCUUUGUCCUGCUGCACUCCUUUACUGAUGCCAUCUUUGAUGAGUGGCUACGUAGACACCGCCCUGGCGCAGUGUUUUACCCUAAAGAAAACGCUCCCAUUGGUCACAACUGGCUUUACAACAUGGUUCCUUUCUGGCCACCGGUCACAAAUGCGGAAAUGUUUGUCUCGGCACCGGACAGUCUUGGAUACACCUACGAGGUCCAAUGGCCAACUCGGCCAUAUACCGUCUCAGAGAUCAUUACCAUUGCUAUAGUGGUCGUAGUACUGGUGGUGAUGGUGGUAGGUGGAGUCACUUCAUGUUUUGUCCGAGUGUACGGCUCGCGCGAAGGGCUGGAGCCGCUGCUUGGCGAACAUUACCGGCACUACUCAGAAGACGAUCACAAGUUUCACUACGCAGCCUGAAGAUGAGUGUUUGGUUUUUAUUUUGGACAUGUUACGUCAUUCAUCAGAGAAUUACAUAAACUGUGUCUCUGACACAGUACUAGCUAUUCAAAUGACAAUUUUAAUGCCGUUCUUACAGCACACGUAUUAUGGUUUUGAAACGUGCCUAAUUUUGUUUUAAAGGUCUCAUACAAUAGAUUUACACACAUCUAAGGUCUUAAAACACUUUAAUGUGCUAAUAAUUUAAAUUACAGCAUUACCUUUUUCCACAGUUUCAUAAAUGACUCGUUAAACGAUUCGUUCUAAGCUCCUCCUUUCAGAGAGCAUACUCUGCUCUGGUUGGUCAGAUGUCCCAGUCUGUUGUGAUUGGUCCACCGCUGUCAGCGUGUGUCGAAAAGGAAACGCCCACUACCGUAACGGGUUUCAGCUCCGUCUGUCAGCGAGCAGCCGAUGAAGACCAGAGGCGAGGCUUUUUGUUACAAACCUAUGUAGGUUAGUACAGGAAGUAAAGUCUGGAAUCACUAACGAGUCAUUUCAGCUGUUCAGAAUUGAUUCAGAUCAAAAGAGUUGUCGUGCGCUUUGAUUUUUGACACUUUGCAGACCUUUUACGCUCACAAACAGCUACAUAUAAAACACACUACAUGAAAGGUAAUAUUGGAAAAACCAUAAUAGGUGCGCUGUAACACUCCAUUCUCACAUGACACAUUGCAAACACUACUUAGAUUAAUUUACAAAAAUUUUAAAUAAUACUAGUGUUCGAAGAGAAGAAAACCGUAUGAAAAGCUCAUGAUGUGUUUAUUAUACAGAGCUUGUGCUGACACCUAGUGUACAAUUUUGGGAUAGUAAAAUAAUUGCGUAUUUUUGUGUAACAGAACGGUCUGUUGCGUUUUGCCCCUUAUAUUACACAGGCCAUCAAUUGUGUGGUUAUGUCCAGUUAUUAUUAUUGUUUUCAGCAGUGGUUUUCUUCCAAGAUGCACUUAAAUGCACUGAAAUGCUCUUACUUGCAAAAUAAAAUGUAGGAAAAAAGAAUAAAAAAGUGUUUU